ACCACAUGGUGCUUCUCAGCGUUCAUCGUGGGUGAAAGUCAGUAUAGUUCUCAAGAACCGAAGAGGGAUGUGUGCUAGUUCGCCUCUACCGAAAGCGCUUGUUAACUUCAUGAUGGCUACCUCUCAACCUCCCGUCGAGCCAAUCGUCGAGAGCGGCACCCCAGUGAAACGCAAUACGUCACGGCCUUCUUCAAUUGAUCCGUUCAAGGGAGAAAAGAAUACAGCCGACAACGAUGUUGAAGUUCAGGUUUCUACCCAAGAGGAGGAAACGCCGGUAACUUUUAGCCAAAGAUAUCGACCAUUCAUCUUGGGGAGCCUGGCCACGCUUAUCUUGGGUUGGUGGAUCAGUGCGACAGUACUAAAGGCGACAAGGCAUCGAUGGAUUGUGCAAACGCUGUUUGCAUGGGCGUUUAUCUUAAUAAUUGCCUUUCGAUACAUUCCAAACUCGGUCGUGACGCGACCUGUAUCAGCCAUUUGGGAGCCGCUUGUUCAGCAACCAUGGUAUAAAUUACCCUAUCGGGCCAGGCUUGCGGUUGGCUGGCUUUGUCUGUUGGCAAUCGUGUUCGGUUCCGCUUUUGGGUUCAAGCUUGAAAAGGGUACGACUUUUGGAGACAGGGCCAUUAAUGUCCUUGGUCUCUUCGUCUUCCAACUUGGAUUCUGGGCCACGUCGGCAAAUAGAAAAGAGAUCCCUUGGCCUACCGUCAUCGUUGGACUCUUCUUACAACAGGUUGUCGCAUUGUUCGUUUUGAAAACUGGCGCUGGAUUUUCGAUAUUCAAAUGGGUCGCUACUCUGGCAAGCGACUUUUUGAGCCAAGCGGAAGCUGGUGCCGCCUUUUUCUUCGAUGCGGACACCAUAAGCAAGCACUGGUUUUUCGUCAACACUCUGGCAUCUAUCAUCUUCUUCAUCGCAUUCGUUCAAAUGAUGUAUUAUCUUGGCGUAAUGCAAUGGGUCAUUAAGAAUUUCGCGUGGUUCUUCUUCAAAAUCAUGAAUGUCUCAGGAGCCGAGGCCGUGGUAGCGGCAGCUUCUCCCUGGAUCGGUCAAGGAGAAUCUGCCUGCCUUGUUCGGCCUUACGUUGAUUGUCUGUCUCCAUUCGUUCUUUUCCUUCAUCUGACAAUGACCUCCGGGUUUUCUACAAUUGCCGGGUCGGUACUGGCUGCCUAUAUCAGUCUGGGUGUCCCAGCUGAGAAUCUUGUAACCUCAUCGGUCAUGAGUAUCCCUGCUUCGAUGUCUAUUAGUAAGAUGCGGCUUCCUGAAACUGAAGAGCCUGUCACCCGUGGUCAUGUCACUGUUGACCGCGGAGAGAGCAAGGCGAAGAGACCUGUGAGUGCAAAUGCUCUCCAUGCUUUUAGUCAGGGUGCGGUAUUUGGACUUAUUGUUGCGGGACAGAUUUUAACAAACGUCCUCACCGUCUUAUCUCUUGUUGCGGCGACCAACGGCCUCCUCACCUGGGUUGGUCGUGGCUUUGGCAUUCACAAUCUCACCCUUCAGCUCGUCAUUGGAUACAUCUUCUACCCGGUUACAUUCUUCCUAGGCGUGCCGCGUGCUGAAAUUCUGACGGUCUCUCAAUUUUUUGCAACUAAAUUGGUUGCCAAUGAGUUCGCUGCAUAUCUACAAUUGCAAAGCCUAAUGAAAACGGCGCCGCUCUCUUUCCGAGCGUAUACCAUCUGCUCCUACGGCCUCUGCGGUUUCGCCAACCUUGGGUCCCUUGGUAUUCAGGUUGGUGUCCUUGGCGCGUUAGCACCGUCUAGGAGUAAAGUCAUCGCACGUAUUGCCUUUUCGGCCAUGGUCUGUGGAUUUUUGUCAACGCUUCAAACAGCAGGGAUUGUGUAA